AUGGGUUCUAUUGGAGGUGCAUCCUUCGCUGGAAGUGGUAGCGGCUCAAAUUAUCUCUGUAUGCCGGAAGAGCCUAUCUAUGACGAAGUAGAAACCUCCCUACACGGUGAACGAGCCCUAAUAUACUCCUCUGAAUACCAAGUCAAUACUGGUCCUUCACGCAUGCAACCAAUGCAUGACCAUACUCCGACCUGUGCAGUCUGCAGGGCGCCCUCUGGCCGUACCAGCAAACUUAUGAUUCCUGCCCGCAACGUGUGUCCUUCUCAAGAGUGGCGUUUGGAGUACGCUGGUUAUAUUAUGGCAGAGAAAAACGUACACAAAAGAUCGGAAUUUGUGUGUGUGGACCGAGAGAUGGUUCCUAAAGCGGGUACCUGGGGGAAUCAGGAUGGUUCGCUGUUGUACCUGACAGAGGUCUGGUGUCUUGUGGGUGCGGGCCUGGAUUGUGGACCCUACAUCAAUGGUUACGAAAUUACUUGCGCUGUCUGUACUAUCUGA